AAUGAGGUGACUCCCGGAUGGAACGACCCUCCAAAUAUUGUCCAGUCAACUAAAGAGGCCGAUAGAAAAAGGCCAUCUCGGCCUCGAGCAUUUCAUUCUCUUGAUGGGAACCCCAAGUUUGUGAUAAAAUCGGGAGAUUCUCCUCAAAUUCCAUCAGCACCACUUGUGAAUUUAUUAACGCUUCCUUCGCAGACAGCUUUGCAGGAUUCUCAAAGUAACACCAGUUUGGCUGCUUUCAUCCCCUUUACCCCUAUUCCUUAUGUACCUCACACAAUGAAUCAAUCCUUUUUAAGCAAUCCAGGCCUGUUAUCAACCGAACCCCCAUCUUCGGGCGGAACAAGUUCUAAAGUGAUAUGGAAUAAUGGUCUUUAA